UGCACUGUACUGUGAAAUAUCAGAACCAGUUCAGGCGCAGGUUUUCCCGGCACCGCCAGCUGAUACCUGUACAGUUUCUACCUGUACAGUUCUGUGCCAUAACUCCUGAAUCCUGAUGAUGUUGGCGCCGCAACACGAAGUACAGAGGCCGAGGGUUUCCGAGCCACGUCAGAUGUCCGUCACAUUCACAUGACACCCUCUUUUUUUCCACGAAAAACAGGGUUUCUGUUAGCCGCUGAGAAGCGGCUUUCAGUUCACCAUCAUUCUCCUCCAUCCCUUGCAUCGCGAGUGGAUAAUGGAACGAGACCCACUUGUUCGCGCAGUGCGCACAGCUAGUUGUACAGUACAGGAGUGUAGCACAUUGCUCUAUAGCACAUCCUUGUACUUUCAGCCUACCAGCAGAUCACUGAAUCAGUUCACUUCACAGACUCAGCGGCCGCACUGAGUUCGCCAUCCCUGCUUGUGCUAUCGUCUACCGAAACAAAAGGGAGAGUACUACUUUUUCCCGGCGAAAAAAUUAUCUGUACAAUCCGUGUACUAUCGUCUUACAACGCUAUCCGUGUAUUAUCCGUGCCGCACUAUCUUUCUCCUAGGCUACUAUCGCCCUGUCCAUACUACUAUCUCCUAAAACUGGCCGCCGAUAUCCUUUCAGGCUGACGCUAUUCCCGCUUGCUGUGACAUAGCUGGAGAUCUGCUGCUGCUGCUGCUGCUGCCGCAGCCUACCACUUUUGACCCAGCUUCUUUGCUGACGUCACUGUGUAGUAUUAGCGUAUUGCUGGCUUGAAGCCAUGGCUCGUUCGCACGACGUGGCUAUAAUGCGACGCUCUGGCCUCGUGCUCGCUGCACUGGCUGCACUCAUGCUCUCAGCCUGUGCGCCCAGGGCUGCUGCCGAUCGCCUGACAGCUUCCAUAAACGCCGCCGACCACUCGUGCGAGAUCAGGGAUUGCGGGGCCAAUGCGUACUGCGUGAAGGAGAGGGGCGAUGCUACAUGCGCCUGCAACGUUGGGUUUGUUAUGACCCCCGCUGGCUGUGUUGACACAUGCGAGCUCAAGGCCUGUGGUGGGAACGGCACGUGCGUCAAGAACAGCACUACUGGAGCGGCCUCCUGUGUUUGUGGCAUUGGCUUGAAGCUGCAGGCAGAUGGCAGGACGUGCACUGACACAUGCGAGCUCAAGGCCUGUGGUGGGAACGGCACGUGCGUGAAGAACAGCACUACUGGAGUGGCGUCCUGUGUUUGUGACAUUGGUUUUAAGCUGCAGGCUGACAAGAAAACCUGCACUGACACAUGCGAGCUCAAGGCCUGUGGGGGGAACAGCUCGUGCACCAAGAGCAGCACUACUGGAGCGGCAUCCUGUGUUUGUGACAUUGGCUUUAAACUGCAGACUGAUGGCAGGACGUGCACUGACCGAUGCGAGCUCAAGAACUGUGGCAACCACGGCACGUGCAUCAAGAACAGCACGAAUGGAUGGCCAUCAUGUGUUUGUGACAUUGGCUUUAAGCUGCAGGUCGACGGCAGGACAUGCACUGACACAUGCGAGCUCAAGGCCUGUGGUGGGAACGGCACGUGUGUCAAAAACAGCACCACUGGGGCGGCGUCCUGUGUUUGUGACAUUGGCUUUAAGCUGCAAGCUGACAAGAGGACAUGCACUGACACAUGCGAGCUCAAGGCCUGUAGUGGGAACGGCACGUGCGUCAAGAGCAGCACUACCGGGUCGGCAUCCUGCGUUUGUGACAUUGGCUUUAAGCUGCAGGCAGAUGGCAGGACGUGCACUGACACCUGCGAGCUCAAGGCCUGUGGUGGGAACAGCACGUGCAACAAAAACACUGCAGGAGCAGCAUCCUGCGUUUGUGAAAUUGGCUUUAAGCUCCAGACUGAUGGCAGGACGUGCACCGACACAUGCGAGCUCAAGGCGUGUGGUGGGAACGGCAUGUGCAGCAAGAGCGCUACUGGAGCGGCAUCCUGUGUUUGCGACGCUGGCUUCGUUCUGCAAUCUGACGGCAUGACAUGCACUGACACAUGCACGCUUAAGGCCUGUGGUGGGAACGGCACGUGCAAGGUUGACACUGCUGGAGUGGCGUCCUGUGUUUGUGACGCGGACUUCGUGCUGCAGACUGAUGGCAAGACGUGCUCUGACACAUGUGCGCUCAAGGCGUGUGGUGGGAACGGCACGUGCAGGAUUGACACGGCUGGAGUGGCAUCCUGUGUUUGUGACGCGGGCUUUGUGCUACAGUCCGACGGCAAGACAUGUUCUGACACAUGCGCGCUCAAGAACUGUGGUGGAAACGGCACGUGCAAGAUGGAUUCUGCUGGAGUGGCAUCCUGCGUUUGUGACACUGGCUUCGUGCUGCAGACUAAUGGCAGGACGUGCUCUGACACCUGCGCCAUCAAGGGGUGCAACGCCUUGCUCACCGAUUGCAUCAAGGGCGCUGCAGGCGCGGCAUCCUGUGUGUGCAAGACGGGCUACCAGAACAUAUCUGGCUCAUGUGUUGGCCCCGCCACGUGUGGGAACUGCCCCACUGGAGCCAUAUGCGCUGCUGUGUCCGGCAACGUUCCCUACUGCUCCUGUCCUUCUGGAUAUGGCCUCACCACCGCUGGCUGCAUCAGCGGCGCCAUCCCCAACGUGUCGACCACCACCUUCACCUUCUACGAUAAGACCAACUUCACGGUGACGAGCAAAACCUACACCAUGCGCCUCAACUUCAACAACUGCACGGACCUCCCCACAUCCGUCUUCACAAACAUCAAGUCGUUCUGGCGUGCUGACCGCGUGCCGGGAGCGGGAGGGGCGGGCAACUGCGUGUCCGUCUACGGCUUCACUCAGGCGGGCUGUGCGGGAACGAGUAACUCCCUUGCUCCGGUCUCAAACAGCACCGGCUUCGUUGCAGUGGGGUCAAUCAACUCUCCUGGGUAUCCAUACCGCUCCUUCAGCUGUAUUGGCGUUGAUCCCUGUGCACUCAAGGCCUGUGGCGCCAACAGCACGUGCACGAUUGACACAGCUGGAGUGGCGUCCUGUCUCUGUGACUCGGGCAUGUCCCUCCUGCCUGACGGCAAGAAUUGCAUUGACACGUGUGCAAGCUGCGACGGCAACCACAAAUGCGUGACUGACGCAGCAGGAGUGGCAUCCUGUGUGUGCAACUACACGAUGGUGUCCGGCACAUGUGUGGGACCCGCAACAUGUGGGACGUGCCCGGAAGGAGCCACAUGCACCCCGUGGCCGUACACCAAGAUGGCAUAUUGCCUCUGUCCUUCUGGCUACGGCAUGACCAGCACUGGCUGCGUUCAAGGUGCCACCCCCACCGUGUCUUCAACUAGCUACACCUUCUACACUCUCCCCAGCUUCGGCCUGACCCCUGCCACCUACACAAUGCGCCUCACCCCCAACGCGUGCACCAACCUCACGGCAUCAAGCGCCUCCGACAUCCAGUCAUACUUGAGCGUGGUGCGCGCCCCGGGUGGGGUGGCCGACUGCAGCGAGAUCCGAGGGUACUACCAGGCGGGGUGCACUGGCGCCAACAGCUCCGUGCCUGUCUCGUCGGGGGGCGGCAUGAGCGGCUCAGCCAUCCCCAACUAUGCCGGAUAUCCUUACCGCUCCUUCACCUGCGUUGCCAGUGACAAAUGCGCAGCCAUCAAAUGUGGUGGCAACGGCACGUGCAAGGUUGACACUGCUGGCGUGGCGUCCUGCGUUUGUGACGCUGGUUUCAUUCUGCAAUCCGACGGCAAGACAUGCAUUGAGAGUUGUGGCACCAAGAGCUGUGACCCCACUUCUGAUUGCGUCAAGAACGCUGCAGGCGUGGCGUCCUGUGUUUGCAAGGCGGGCUAUCAGAACGUUUCCGGCACGUGUGUCGGCCCAGCCACAUGUGGCAACUGCCCCACUGGAGCCACUUGCGCUGUUGCUUUCGGCAGCAUUCCAUACUGCGUCUGUCCUGCCGGCUAUGGCAUGACCAAUGCUGGUUGCGUCAGUGGAGCCACGCCUACCGUUUCGUCCACCAGCUUCACCUUCUACGAUCAGACCAGCUACACCAUAACCCCCAACACCUACACCCUGCGCGUGCCCUUCGACGGCUGCACGGACCUCCCUGCCUCAACUGGCGCAAACGCCCGGUCGUUUUGGCACAUAGACUGGGUGCCAGGAGGGGCUGGGAACUGCGUGGCUGUGAAUCAAUUCAGCCAGGCGGGGUGUGCUGGCACGCCUACUCCGCGCCCUGCCUCGACUUCCGGGAUUGGUGCCGGGGGUUCAGUCAAUUAUUAUCCGUAUACUUACCGCUCUUUCAGCUGUGUUCAUUAAGUCCAGCAGCCCAACUUCUAAAGCAGCCGUCGGAGAUAUUGAAAUUUGAAGGUUUCUGACCUGCUGGAUGCUGCCAGCUUCGAGGGCAACAAUGGUUCUUUCUUCAUGGAGUACGGUCGUUGCUAGCCCCCCCCCCCCAUCCCCCUUCCUCCCCAGGCUCCUCCCCUCUCCCUGUUUGUACUAUGGGUGUGUGAGUGUGCAUGGCAGGGUGAGAUUAGUAGCGUUGAGUUUUGUUGUUGUAUGGAUGUGAAUCUAUCAUCAUGUGUAUGAUAAGCACAUAACAUGGUUAGAUUCCAACUAUUUCAGUAGCUAAUAAUGCAUAUGGUAUUUU